AUGUUUGCCUCACCACCUCGUCAUAGGGACCGCGGUCCCAGAUACGACGACUUCUACACAGACUAUGGUCGCGAACCGCGGCGCAUGUCUCCAGGCCCUCCUCCUCGCCGACACAAGUCCGAAAAACACCGUCGGCGCCCAAGUCCCGAUUAUCACUCAGAUCCUCGUUCCAGGCGCCACGGAGACGACCGUCGCCAUGCCCGAAGCCCUCCUAGCUAUACCACUGAGCCGCGUCGCGGACACACAACUCGGGAAUCUGGCAGACGGCAUACGCAGGACGACUACGACCGUCGGCCGCGAAAGUACGAUGACUAUGACGAGCGUCGCGGCGGUGGACGUAGCAGACACGACGAGCCACGACACAAGGCUCGCAGCCCUCCACCUGCUUACGAAAAGCACCGGAGCAACGACAACCGAACUCGCGGAAGAGACCGUGGUGACGCUGACCGCAGCCAUGACAAGCCGACUCGUCGCCACCGCUCUCACGACAAUUCCCCUACAAGAGGUAGAACAUCAGCAAAAGCAACCAAGUCCAGUGGAGCAACUCGUCGCAAGUCCAUGCCUGCCAGCACAAAGAACAAAGGUGGAGGCUUAGGUGCUGUCCUGGGUGCUGCUACCGGCGGCGGCGGCGGUGGUGGCCAGUGGUGGCAGAAUCCGAUGAUUCAAGCCGGCGCAAGAACGGCCUUUGCUGCAGGUGCCCAGGCGGCCAUGAACAAUCGCAACGCUCAGGGCGACUGGCUAGGCGCCAAAGGAGCCAAGGUAGCCACAGCGGCCCUCGGUGCAGCGCUGAUGGACGGCUUUAUAGGUGGCAAGCGAGAGGUAAGCCCAGAAGGGCGAAAGGAUGAUGGUGGCAAAAGCAGCCGGAAAGAUAGCGGCAGCAAGGGCAAGGGUGGUGGUGGCAUGAAGGAAAAGCUUCUGAGCCAGGGUCUCAACUUUCUCUCCAACAGAGCUAGUGGUCGACACUAG